AUGUACGGCAGCGCUCGCACGGUCAGCCACCUGGAGAGCAGCCCGGCGCGCUCGCCCCGACUCCCGCGCUCGCCGCGCCUGGGCCACCGGCGGGCCCACAGCGGAGGCGGCAGCGGCGGCCACGGCGGCGGCCACAAGACCCUCUCCAUGGAGAACAUCCAGUCGCUCAACGCCGCCUACGCCACCUCGGGGCCCAUGUACCUGAGCGACCACGAGGGGCUGGGCACGGGGGGCCACCACGCCACCUACCCGCGCGGCGGCACCAUGACGCUCGGCCGCUCCACCAGCCGCGUCUACGGCGGCCGCGUCACCGCCAUGGGCAGCACGCCCAACAUCGCCACGGCCGGCCUGCCGCACUCGCACCUGGACCUGCUGGGCUACGGCGCGGACCUGGGCUCGCUGCACAUGCUGCACCACCACCACCACGGCACGCCGUCGGCCCUGCUGCGGCAGGCGGUGCGCGGCGGCGGGGGGGGGGAGCUGCUGGAGAUGCAGGCGCAGCUGCGCGACACGCAGCGCGAGAACGAGCUGCUGCGCCGCGAGCUGGACCUCAAGGACACCAAGCUGGGCUCCUCGGCCAACAGCAUCAAGAGCUUCUGGAGCCCCGAGCUCAAGAAGGAGCGCGUCAUGCGCAAGGAGGAGGCGGCCAGGACCUCGGUGCUCAAGGAGCAGAUGCGCGUCACCCACGAGGAGAACCAGCACCUGCAGCUGACCAUCCAGGCCCUUCAGGACGAGCUGCGCACGCAGAGGGACCUCAACCAGCUGCUGCAGCAGGAGCACAGCGGCCGGCUGGGCCUCAACGACCACUUCACCACCAUCGAGCUGACGGAGGAGAACUUCCGGCGGCUGCAGGCGGAGCACGACCGGCAGGCCAAGGAGCUCUUCCUGCUGCGCAAGACGCUGGAGGAGAUGGAGCUGCGCAUCGAGACGCAGAAGCAGACGCUGGGCGCGCGCGACGAGUCCAUCAAGAAGCUGCUGGAGAUGCUGCAGAGCAAAGGGCUGGCGUCCGCCGCCGGCCGCGCCUCCGAGGAGGAGGAGCAGGAGCGCGCGCGGCGCAUCGCCGAGGCCGAGGCCCAGCUCAGCCACCUGGAGGUCAUCCUGGACCAGAAGGAGAAGGAGAACCUCCACCUGAGAGAGGAGCUCCAUCGGAGGAACCAGCUCCACCAGGACCCCAGCAAAACGAAAGCCCUGCAGACUAUCAUCGAGAUGAAGGACACCAAAAUCGCGUCCCUGGAGCGCAACAUUCGCGACCUGGAGGACGAGAUUCAGAUGCUGAAGGCCAACGGCUUGCUGAACACCGAGGACCGCGAGGAGGAGAUCAAACAGAUGGAGGUGUACAAGAACCACUCCAAGUUCAUGAAGUCCAAGAUUGACCAGCUGAAGCAGGAGCUGUCAAAGAAAGAGUCAGAGCUGCUGGCCCUGCAGACCAAGCUGGAGACUCUCAACAACCAGAACUCGGACUGCAAGCAGCACAUCGAAGUGCUCAAAGAGUCCCUCACUGCCAAGGAGCAACGCGCCGCCAUCCUCCAGACAGAGGUGGAUGCCCUGCGUCUGCGUCUGGAGGAGAAGGAGUCCUUCCUCAACAAGAAGACCAAGCAGCUGCAGGACCUGACCGAGGAGAAGGGCACUCUGGCCGGCGAGAUCCGAGACAUGAAGGACAUGCUGGAGGUCAAGGAGAGGAAGAUCAACGUCCUCCAGAAGAAGAUUGAGAAUCUCCAGGAGCAGCUGCGCGAUAAGGACAAGCAGUUGGGGAACCUGAAGGACCGCGUGAAGUCUCUGCAGACGGACUCCAGCAACACGGACACUGCUCUGGCCACACUGGAGGAGGCGCUGUCCGAGAAGGAGCGCAUUAUUGAGAGACUGAAGGAUCAGAGGGAGAGGGAGGACCGUGAGCGGUUGGAGGAGGUGGAGCUCUACAAAAAGGAGAACAAGGACCUCAAGGAGAGGGUUGGCACCUUGCAACUGGAGUUGACUGACAAAGAGUCCAAUCUAAUUGACCUGAAGGAGCACGCCUCCUCGCUGGCGUCCUCGGGCCUGAAGAAGGACUCCAAACUCAAGACCCUGGAGAUAGCCAUCGAGCAGAAGAAGGAGGAGUGCAGUAAGUUGGAAACACAGUUGCAGAAGCAAGCAGAGCAGCUGUUCAGUCAGAUGAGCAACCCUGCCCACGAGGUGGAGCAUCAGAGUGUUCGUGGCAACCCUGACUUUGUGGAUCGGGUGAAGCUCCUGGAGAAGGAGGUGACGUUCUUCAAGGAGGAGUCUGGGAAAUCCCAGGCAGAGGUGGAGAGACUGCUGGAAAUCCUCCGAGAGGUUGAGACAGAGAAGAACGACAAGGACAAGAAGAUUGCUGAGCUUGAAAGCCUCGCUCCCAGGCAAACCAAGGACCAAACCAAGAAGGGCCCCAACAUCAAAAUGGGCCCUCAGGGAGACAAGAAAGAUGCAAGAAAGGACAACCCUAUGGACAAUCCAAAGAUGGAGGAACUAAUGACCGUUCUGGAGAAGACGAGGCAGGAGCUGGACGCCACCAAGCAGCGCCUGUCCUCCAGCCAGCAGUCCCUGUCGGAGCGCGACGGUCAUCUGACCAACAUGCGGCAGGAGCGUCGUAAACACCUGGAGGAGAUCCUGGAGAUGAAGCAACAAGCUCUGCUGGCAGCCAUCAGCGAGAAAGAUGCCAACAUCGCCCUUCUGGAACUCUCCGCCUCCAACAAGAAGAAGACGCAGGACGAGGUUCUGUCUCUGAAGAGGGAGAAGGACAAGCUGAUGCACCAGCUCAAACAGCAGACCCAGAGCAGAAUGAAGCUGAUAGCCGAUAACUAUGAGGACGACCACUACCACACCCACCCCCCUCACCACAUGCAACACCACCGCGGCCCGGCCCGUGGACCCCACGCCGGACAUCGGCCCUCCCCAGACCAGGAUGAUGAGGAAGGCAUUUGGGCAUAACCAUUUCCAAAACCAAAGCUCUUAUGUUGUUUUGUUGGGAUGAUUCAGUCACUACUGGAGGAGAACAGCCAUGCCAUGAUGCUGAAACAACACACUGUCCAUCUGACCAGACAUCUGACCAGACCUUACCCUUCAAUCUGUUGCCUU